GAGACGUGUUUAGUUUUAAUGUGAAUGUCAACGGCAAGAAGCAGAAAAAUGGCGCUAAACUAGCUUCUUGAUUUGCAGCAGCCGAGUGGUAGAUUUGUAGACUUUAAUGCAUCUCAAUGGCAUCCAUAUUUGGUGAGGAUGGGGUUGACGACCUGUUCAAUGACAAUAUUGGCAUCGAAAACGAUCAGUUACCAAGUGAUGGCGAGCCAGAUGAAGGCGAAAAACUGUUUGGCGACGAUGAUGAAGAUGCAGCAAAUGAAGCUGGCGAAGGAGAACAAAAAGCCGUUAAGGUGGAACCCAAGAAACGCGCUGUACGGAAUCCACGUCCACGAUUGACAGUGGAUACGCUACGUGGCCCACGUGGCCUGCACACGAUAGAAAACUAUUUCAAAGACAUAAAAUUUAAAGGCAAGGGCUACGAGAAAGAUGAUUUGAAUGAGGUCCUGCGGCGCCUGCAACAUUGGGGUCAUCGGAUGUAUCCGAAUUACACUUUCGACGAUAUAUUAAACAAUAUCGAACGUCUGGGCAAGAAGAAGCCAUUGCAGGUGCAUAUGACACGCUAUCGAUUGGGUCAGCUGGAGGAGUUAGCUGAACAGAAUAUUGAACUGCAGAACGAUGCUAAUGAUCAGGAGAAUGAUGAUUAUGGCGAGCCAUUUGAUGAAUUUGAUGCCUUGCUGGGCGAACAAAUCGCCAUGUCCAAAUUAGCACCUCGGACACCGGCAAUCAAUCGCAAUCUAUCCACUACGAGCAGCACACUGGUGACACCUUCAUUCUCACGUAAUGCUAUCGUAUCCACGCCAUAUACAGGAGCUGGUCCUACGAUAGCUACUGAUGAUAGCAUCCAUGAUUAUGGUCAACCGCUGCCGUUAUCUCAACCAGCAACCCCUGCAACAAAAAGAGCACAGCUGUCCGCCGAGCAAAUGGCGCGCAUUGCAGAAAAUCGUCGAAUGGCACAGGAAAAAUUGCGAGCCAAGCAAGCGGAGGCCAAUGCCGACAAAUAGCUUAAUUUAAGUAGAAUUAUUUUUGUUGUAUUGUUAGGUGAGCAUACGUAAAGAAAUAAAUUAAGAUUCCAGUACAAAUAUGCAGUAGUCGUUUCCUAUAUACAUAUGUUUAUAGAUUCCCCAGAAUAUUACUAUACCAGUGUAUAUACACAUAUGUACAUAUAUAAACAACAAUUUUGCAUAGAAUUAAUACAAAGAAUUGAUUUAUAAUUUUAUUUAUUUUCUUUCCUUAAGCAAACUAAUAAGAUAUAAAUUAAUAUUCGUAAAUAAAGAUUUUCCAGUCGUUUCCUA